AUGUAUGGAGAAAAUCAGUCAGUGAAUUCAGAAUUUGUGCUUUUGGGACUUUCCCAUUCACAGAAUCUUCAAGUCUUGCUCUUUGUGAUAUUUGUGAUACUUUAUCUGCUCAUUGUGUUGGGAAAUACCCUCAUUAUGAUAUUAAUAACCAUUGACCACCAUCUCCACUCACCCAUGUACUUCUUAUUGGCCAACCUGUCCUUUGUGGAUAUAUGGCUUUCCUCAGUCACCACUCCAAAAAUGAUCACAAACUUUCUCAGGGACCAUAAAACCAUUUCCUUUGCAGGCUGCAUGUCCCAGGUCUUCUUUGCCCAUUGCAUCGCUGCAGGAGAGAUGGUGCUGUUGCUGGUCAUGGCUUAUGACCGCUAUGUGGCCAUCUGCAAGCCACUCCACUACUUCACCAUCAUGAACCUGAAAAAAUGCACUGGGUUGGUGUUGACUUCCUGGACCAUUGGUUUUGUUCAUGCCUUGAGUCAGCUUGUGGCCGUUCUGCAGCUACCUCUCUGCGGCCAAUUAGAAAUAGACAGUUUCUUCUGUGACCUGCCUCUGGUAAUUAAGCUAGCCUGCAAGGAUUCACAUUACCUAGAUACAUUAAUGAAUGCUGACUGUGGGGUUGUGGUUGUAACCUGCUUUAUUCUGUUGCUCAUGUCCUAUACAUAUAUCAUAAUCACUGUUCGUCGGAGUGCUAAGGCUGGUGCCUCUAAGGCCCUGUCCACGUGCACUGCCCAUAUUACAGUGGUGAUGCUCCUUUUCUUGCCCUGCAUCUUUAUCUAUGUGUGGCCCCUCAAUAUCACCUGGUUUGACAAAUUCCUUGCUGUGUUUUAUUCUGUUGUUACACCUCUCCUAAAUCCAGCAAUUUAUACACUGAGAAAUAAAGAAAUAAAAAAUGCUCUAAAGAGAUUAAAAAGCUAUUUUAUGAAUCAAAAGGUCAGUACUUAG